UUUCUUUACUAAAGAAUCUUUAAGCACGUGCAAAAAUGGCCUAUGUAAUUCCAAUUGCUUGUUUUGAAGCCAGGAGAAAUGAUAUACCGCUGGACACAAGAAAAUCGAUGCAUUUAAAAUGCAAUACUUGUAUUUUCAAUAUAUCUGACCAAAGCUUUGUCAAAUACUAUGGGAUUAACAAGGCUACGUUUAAAAGCGUUUUGAAGGCAGUCAAGCCAUAUUUGCGCGCAUCUCCAAUAUCACACCCAAUCCAAUUGGCUAUCGUGUUGCGCUACCUAGUUACUGGAUGCAUUGAGCUUGCAGUGGCCCACGAUUAUCGUGCUAAAAUUGACAGCGACACGCUCGGAAAGAUUCUAAAUACAUUUAUUCCGGUGCUAGACGGGAUCCUCUGUCAGGAUGCUAUAUCCAUCCAAAUGUCCAAGCAUCAAAUGCUGACAUCAUCUAUAAACUUCUUGAAAAAAUAUGAACUGCCAAGAGUAGUUGCCUGUUUGUUUGGAACUCAUGUUCAAAUUAAGAAGCCUUUAAAAAAUUGCUCUGCUUUCCUUAAUAAAAAGGGUUUUUAUAGCUUGAACGUCAUGUUGGUUUGCAACGAUAAUAUGGAGAUCAUCGCAAAUGAUGCCACUUUCCCUGGGUCGUGCCGUGAUUCAGCUAUAUGGAAAAUUUCCAGGGCCAGAGAAUUACUUUCCGUCACCUUAAACGGACAUUUUAUUUUGGCGGACUCCAACUACGCGCAAGAGAGCUUCGUUUUAACUCCCUACAAGAGCGCAAAGGUUGGAACAUAUCAGCAUACAUUUAAUGCAAAGCAUACUCGAGCCAGAAUUGUGUUCGAACGGACUAUUGGAGUGCUUAAGAGCCGUUUUCUUUGCCUGCAACGAUGCUUAAGGUAUGAGCCAUCGUUUUGUUGCAUGAUCGUUAAUGUAUGCUGUGCCUUGCACAACCUACGUCGAGCCCCAAAUGUGACCAUUAAUGACGACAUUGAAUUUGAAGGAGAUGAUAAUGGACAACGUGAUCGCGAUGAAAUUGCUCAGUCGCUCUGAGUUUAAAGAUUAAACAUAAACCCUACAUGCACGGGUAUAAAAAAAAGAGAGAUUCAUGUAGAGUAUCCAUAAACUUACAUAUAUAAUAAUAAACA